GUAUAGAUAAAAUAGACAAAUUACACCUCAGAGAGUAAUUUAAUUUACGUUAAUCCAUGAAAUUAAUGGCAAAUAGUCAGAAAAUAUUCAAAAUAACAAUAUCUAGUGCAGUUUAAAAAUGAAAUAACUAUAAUCACUGUUUAUAUUUAACAAAAUAUUUAACAAUCAUACUGUAUUAGCGAUCGAUUUAACAUUUUCGCGGCCAUUUUAGACGAUUCUAUUUCUGAAAAUCUCUAUCAUUCUUCUGCUCUGUGCUUAGAAAUAAGCUGUCAAAUUGUUCUCAAAGUUUGUAAAUAUUGAAUAAAUCAAAGUAUAUUUUAAAAAUUAAUGUUAAUUGGUGUUAAUUGAAUGAAUAAUGGCGGAAUUGUUGGCGUGUCGUGUGUGCUUAGCGACGGACAAUAUAAAAUUGUACAAUAUGUGGCACUUCAAUAUUGUACAAGCGUAUGAAAUUCUAACUGGAAUCGAGUUUACCCUGCAGGAGGGGUUGCCGCACCAUAUAUGCAGCUACUGCAGCGCCAUGCUGCUCAAGAGUGUAUCGUUUAAAGAGAAAUGCUGCACCACACAGCAGAUUUUGAUGAAUUCUAUUGAAUCACAGCAAGAAGUAUCAUUAGAAAGCCUGCGUCUAAUAAACCACCAGUUUGAAUUGAACCUGGUUCACGAAACCAACUAUCCGACGGUGUGCAUAGAGUAUAUAGAGCCAGAGAUCAAAGAGGAGAUAGACAAUAUAGACUAUGUGCAGUUAACUGUGAAAGAACUGAAACCUAAGAAGAGGAAAAAGAAAAAAAUUAAACAGGAAAUAGAAGACCUGGUCAAACUAGAAGAGGACUUCAAACAAGACCAGAGCUAUAUCGAAAUAGACAAUGACGUCACGAACUAUGACAGUGACGUCAUCAACGAAGAAAUACCAAUACCUGAGGAUCUCAAAGACGUUGAGGUUAUAUACCUGAGCAAAUCUGAGCAGCUAUCCGAGAUUGAGCAGAGGAAAACAUCGUCGAAUUAUAUCAACUCCUUUUAUAAGUGUGAUAAGUGCUUUAAAGGAUUUAUAACGGACGCUACUUUUAGGAAUCAUAUGCUUAGUCAUGACGAGGAGCGAGGCGAGUUCGUGUGCGAGAUAUGCCAGUCAAGAUGGGCGGAGGCGAGGCAGCUGCGGACACACAUAGUGAAUUCGCACGAAAGGAAGUAUGUGUGUAAACUGUGCGACCAUGUCUCUAGAUCUAGUCACAGAGCGAAGGAGCAUUCAAACUGGCAUAACGGCUUUACAUUCGAUUGCAAAAUAUGCGGCGCCAGUUUUGCGAAAUCCACGAGUCAUUUGACGCACAUCCGUCUGCAGCAUCCAUCAAGCAAUGCCUGUGAUGUGUGUGGGGAAUCCUUUAUAGGAGAGUUUGGUUUGAGGAUGCACAAGCGAAAGGCGCACAGUUCGCACUCCCCGUCCAGCUGUCCUCAAUGUAACGCCAAGUUCCACAGCAUCGAAGCCCUGGCCAGGCACCUGGACCUCUCCCUCAAUGACACUUGCGACCAGAACGUGAGGCCGUGUUCAUACUGCGGGGAAGGGUACCCAUCCGAUGAAGACCUGAAAGAACAUUUGCAGCUCCAUCAUAAAGACGAGAGCGUUAGCUGCGACGAGUGUAAGAGAACGUUCAACAACGAGAGGUCGUACGCCAUACAUUACCAGCGCGUCCACCUCGGGGUAAAGCUGAAACAGAACAAGCCGAGGACCUUGAAGCGGCCCAGCGAGAGUGUGGUCUGCGAGAUAUGCGGCAAGAAGUGCAUUACGAAAGCGACGUUAACAUACCAUCAACGUAUCCACACCGGGGAGAGACCGUUCCAGUGUACUGAAUGCCCGAAGAAGUUCAGCGUCUUUCAGAGGCUACAGAUUCACCUUCGAACGCACACCGGAGAAAGCCCAUAUCAAUGCAAGCAUUGUCCAAAGGCGUUCAAACAUAAGGCCGCGCUCAACAGACACGAUCGAGUGCACACGGGGGCGAAGCCCUACAGCUGCUCCCACUGCGGGAAGGCGUUCUCCCAGUCCAACUCCAUGAAACUCCACGUCAGUACCGUACAUCUCAAACUGCCCGCGCCCUACCGCGCGCGGCGAGCCAAGGUUGUAUAAAUACUAUAGUGUUCAUAUGUAAGACUACCAUAAAAUUAUGUAAAGACCUAUAAAAACAUUAUUUACUGUGUAAAUAUACAAUGAACUAAA